AUGUCACCGCUGGGAAUUCUGGGGCACAGGAGUAGUGCGCAGGCGCAGCGAGGAACGCCACAGUUCGGCGGGAACCACGCCAUGCCUUCAGCGAGACCGACGCGCGGGCGGCCUCGCCCUAGGAACGCAGCACUGCGGGGCGCACGCCCCAGGCUGAGAAGUCGCGAGGCGGAGUCCAGCUCGGAGAGCCCAGCGGCCGUGGGGCACCCAGGAGGUGACAUUCCUGGGCGAGAGGCCGCGGUGGCGGCUACCCCUCAGCCUGGCUGGCAGGCCUCCUUGCGCGGCCUCCGGACGGAGACGCGCCACCCUCUGGGGAGGAUGUGGGCCCAAAAGCGCUUCGGGCUGCUCAUGCUCGGCAUCUGGGCCCUCCUGCUGCUGUGCUACUGCCUGUGGCCUGCAAAGGGAAUUACUAUUCAAGGUUUGUCAAAAGUGAGAAAUGCUUUAUAUGUUGGCAUUAAUAGCUUUACUUCUUCUAAAGGGUUCUCAAACCAUAAGUCCCCAAACAAGUACGUUCUGUGGAGUGGUGAGAAUGCUGAUGGACAAUCUCUGGAAAAAGAAUCUGCUAUGGAAGCUCUGUUAAGCUUUUUUUCUCCAACAACAUGCAUUCCAAAGGAGAAUCAGGUGGUGAAGGCUUGUAAUGGACGUAAGGAUCUUAACAUGAGCGAGUGUUUGAAGUACAAGUGCUGUUAUUCCGAGACCGGUGGCCUUGGCUGUUUUGCUCCGUUAAAAGAUAGUAAGUUCAUCCUCUUAAAUUUAUUAUAUUUCCAUCCGCCUACACAGAUGUUCCGGGUGUUUGUGCUUGGUGUGAGCAGCAUGAUCAUCCUGGGAUUUCUGCCCGUUUAUUGCUGCUCUUUUUGCCGGAGGAGCAGAUGGGCUAGUCCUUUACGAAGGAAGGUCAACAGAAUUUUAAAGGGUUUGAAGAAGCCAAGAAACAAACAGAGGAGAUACGCUGAAAUAAUAGAGGUGUUAACGGAAGAUGAGGAAGGUGAUGAAAGGGAGCAGGAGUCCAGAGGUAAUUGGCAAUAGGAUAUAAAAUUGAAGUGCAUAAUAUCUGAUUCUUGUUGGCUUUAUAUUUCAUCAUCUUGAUUUGACUGAUGCUUAUUUUUUACUCCACAAAUCCUUGGACCACAGGAGUGUCAGCUUCUGGAAUGAUACGACUAGGGAAAAGGUGGACAAGAGGUGUCCCAAGGUGUUUUGGUGCCACAUUAUUUGAUACAUGUAGUUCAGCCCUUCAGGGGCAGCAAAGAAAUGGAAUCUGUCUGUUCAGACUCAGAGGCUCAAUGGCAGAUGCCCUUGGUAGAUAAUGGCCACAGUCAUCCAUGUGUGUUGCCCACACCACAUCUCCAGAGGAAGAAGUAUGGCAUUAGGAGUCUGACAGACCUGGAAUCAAUUCCUGGCUCCUAACUGUAAGUCUCAGAUACCUUCCCCACCCCAAAACCCACAGGCACACAAUGCAGUGUUAGAAGAGAUUGAAAGUGGGGGUCUCAGAGUCACCAUGUGGGGCUCCCUGGGCCUCACUGGCACAGAU